AUGAAUAUGCCAGCUCUCACGCCCACGCCUGUGCCACUGGAAGGAUGCUGCAGCGGUUUACGCAUAACUAAAAUCAACGUCCCCGCUCGCGUGGCGGUGGGAGACUCUGCCGUCCUGGAGUGCGAGUGGGUGUCGCCCAACAAUAAGGAUGUUUAUUCCCUCAAGUGGUACUUUGGACUCGAGGAAUUCUACAGGUGGACCCCAGCUGAAAAAAAUCCCGUGCAGGUGUUCAGAGUGAACGCUUUCGACGUGUCCGAGGCGGAGUCGUCCAAAGGUACCGUCGUGAUCCGCAACUUGUCGCGCAAGGCGUCGGGUGUGAUGCGCUGCGAGAUCUCCGAGGAGGCGCCGUCCUUCCACACCGACGCAAAGACUGCAAGACUCGAGGUGGUCGACCUGCCGGACUCGCCGCCGCUGCUGUCGCCGCUGCAGGCCGUGUACGAGCUUCAUCAGCAGGUGCAGCUCAACUGCUCUUCUGUUAACGCCUACCCGCCUCCUACGCUCGUCUUCUUCAUCAAUAGCGAACCUGUUAACCCGACAUGGGUGGGUCGCAACGAGAGCUUCAGGUCGCGCGUGCUGGACGGGCUGCCACUGUACACAAGCACGCGGCAGCUGCAGUUCCGUCUCCUGCCACGGCUCCUCAACAACGACGGGCGUCUGCUUGUCAAGUGCACCGCAGAAAUCGCCGGCAUCUACUGGGAGACAAAUGAAGUCGAGCUUCCCAUUGAUCAACCCCAGCGGGCCAGCAUCAUGGAGGGACGAUCGUCUGCUGGUUACCAGUGUUGCUCGCACUGCGUUGCUACUUCUCUGCCGUUGUUGCUGCUACUACGAAUGUUUCGUUUGCUACAUUAAGACAUUACUGAUGUUAUAAUUGCUACCUUGAGGUGUCGCGAUCACUGCCACCCUUACAGUCAAACAUCACAACUGCUACUCAACUGUAAGGCAAGGCAAAGACCUUGAGAAAUGGUUCUUCGGUCUUUUGAAAAUGUUUACAGGGAAUUCUCUUCGGUAUUUCUGGGUGUUUAUGUUAGAAUUUUUUGUGUGCCCCUUACUGCUGUACCAAAGAAAACUUGCUACUCUUAUUUAAACAAAGAAAAUCAGCAGUAUAGUGCUGAGAGCUUUCGUCUUUAAUGUGGCAACAGGUCGUCAUUUUCCUGUACUCCGCGGUCAUCAGAGUUUAUAAUUUCGUUUCAUUUUCUCCUUAUUUUAGCCUAAAGUAUAUAAUUUAUAUAUUCCUUAGAGGUUGGAAGCUGAGUCUGGCUCUUCUCCGAUGGAUUAUGAUCUCUUAAUGUACGUACCUCUCAUUUUUGUAGUUUCAAAAUUCCCAUUUUUUUCAUUAUUCAAUUGUUGACGUUUGCUUUCCCACAUGAUUGGUACCUUCGACAGAGCUUCUGAGUAAAGCUGUAUAACUAUAAUACAAUGCAAGUGCAUUUCUAUUCAGUAUCGUGAAGUUUCGUAUGAAAGGCUCCAAGAUGCUGCAUACCUCAAACGCGUGACAUUUAUGCUCCAAAUCAGUAAACGCAAGUUUCCCCUGUGACGCUUAACAAUAACAUCUGAUAUUUAUCAACUAGUGGGGGCUUUUUCUGAUGAUGCGUCUGUUUAUGAAAGCGAUUAUUGUCAUUGUGAAUAAACAUUGUUGUUGGUAAUUGUUGUCAUUGGUUAUUGUUAGGCAGUGUUUCAAAUAACGCUAUUGCAUUAUGCAAUGACAUAAAAAUGAAUCAGAUGCCUCAGUUAGAUUUUUGAUCUGCAUUUCGAAUUAUAUGAUUGCUUGUAAGAAGUCAUCUUUUUGAGAUAAAACGUUUGUUAUUCAACAUUAUCAUUCCAGAUACAGGCGUCGCAACCGUUCAUAUUAUACCGAAUCCUAAACCAAAUUUUGAACCUAAGCGAUAGCCCCAGAGGCUAUCAUAAUGCGCUCUAAAACAUGUUCAAGGAAGCUAAAAAUUGUUUUAAAUUGUAGCUAGUGUCGGUGUUGGUAGAUAAUUAAGAAUACCUCUACCUCGCUUCAAAUCCUCCUUGGUUAUAGGCUUAAUGUCUGCCUCUAGGCGCAUCCAAUUUUGUAUCUGUGAAGCCUACCUGUUGUUAGGUAACAGUUGCUCUGAGCUGUUCUAUCGGUGCCUAUCGUUUCAUUUCUGACGAUCAGGUUCCUCAAUUUCACGAUUGACUUUUUUUGCGUAGAAACUGUUUACAUGAUUUUUUCCAACAUUGACUUUUUUGUAAAUUGUCUCGAUUUUUUUUUCACUGUUGAUUAAUUGUCGCAGUCCGUUCUCCGUUUAUGCGUACUUCAGGCGGGUGACAUCGGUACUUAAUUUUGUAAAUGAGAAAACGAAGGUCGAAGUUUGUUGCUGUUGAUAAGAAUGUUAAAAUGACGAGUUGGUUUUCGAUUUUUGCGCUGGGUCUUUUGACUUGUAACUAGUCAUUAUUUUCCUUGCUGUUUGCUUUCUCUCUGUAGAUAAUCCCAAAUGUUCUGAUAAUUCCCUGCUAUACCACUCUGUUGUAAAUAAGUUAAGUUUAAUUGUUUUGCAAAGCUGGCUGCUUGUGAACUACAGUAAGCAAUGCAAUGACGAAAUAUAACGAAAUGUCAAUAUUAUUUUGCGUAGAGUUCAUGUUUAUCACAUUUUCGUACCAGUGUCCACUCAUCGAGAAUGAUGAUAACUACGAAGCUCUACAUAUGCUUUAUGCUACAACAUGACUCACUUUUGUUGUGUAGAAAUUUCGCUUUUGAAUUCUAAAAAACGGGCCACAUUAUGUAGAACAUAGCACGGUAACCCUGUUGAGGUUUUUUCUUUCGAAGAAAAUGCUGGGUGGUCUAUUGUUUGUUUUGUCUUGUGAGUUGCGAUGUUGUGUCUCAUGUGACAUAAGAACAGAGCUAGUGCGUUGCUCACACGCUGAGGUUUGGAUGCUUUUAUCCAAUCUGCUCGUCCCGGGGGCGCCGUAAAGAUGUUAGCGGAGCUGCCGUCGCUGCUGCUGCUGCUUGCGCCGCGUGGAUGUCAUGUGCUGUACGCCUGAGGGUAACCAGGGAUUGAUGCUAAUUGUUUGGUCCACUUUACUCGAUUGAUUUGAGUAACUCAUUUAUUUACUGAGUAUUGUACGUUUGUUGAUGGUGUCUAAAGCCUGAAAAUUCACUUUUCAAUGUAAAUUAGCAAUGCUGCAAACAGUUUGCUUUUUAUAGCACAACCCAAGAGCAUGUGGCAGGAAAGUCGCAAUUGUUCGGUUCAGUGUAUUUUCUCGCGUUAAUUACAUUAAUUUGAGGUAAUUUACGUGCUCUUCACAUUGACUAGAAGUCGGAUAUUGGAUUCGUUAAUCUUCCAUACGUUUACAAAUUCUAAUCCAUCCUUUCGCUCACUUUGCACUUGCUGUAAUUUGACAAAUAAAAAACGCACUAAAGGCCUGGCAUUCCUCUUAAUUCCGACGAAUUUUGCUAAGUAGAGGAAAUAACCCACAUUAUUAUGAAUAUUUUUGUUCUGUUCCUGAGCUUUGGAUGGACACCAAAUAGUUACGUAAACUACGCGAUUCUGUGUGUCGUGCGUACAUGUGAAUAUUACCGCAGUGUAUAGCUUAUUCAUCGCUCACCUAUCUCACAUAGACUGCACCUGUAGAUAACUUAUAUAUAGGCUCUAAGAUAAGGAAGACUGUGGAGCAGGGUGUGGCAGUGCGGUCAAACUGUGUUGAAUAUGCCGAUACUAGCAUAUAUUCCGGUACAGGUUAUUGAUCUUCGUGUAGGCAUGCGUAUUAUUUCAACGCUAAUGCCUGCUUUAAUUCAGUCCAAUAUUUGAUUUGAAAAUUCCGUUAACCCUAAGUGGUUGGAGUACGUAAUAUGGUUAUUGGCUUCCCAAUUAAGUGAAUCUGUUCAAAACAAAACGAAGCCAGAUCAGAAGUUGUUCGUGGUUUACCGAAAUUGUCCAGUCAAUUCUUCCGAAGCUAUUAUGUGAACCCGAGGCAUCUAACCGGAUAAUUAUUUAAUGUCGGGACUAACGAUUGUUCCAAUCCAAUUUCAUAUUCUUUCUGUUUUCUCACUGCAUUCCUCUCCUUGAGUGUAAGGACGGAUACAAUUCACAUUCUUGGCUUCUGUUGGAGAUUUAUAAUUGACUUGCAAGCCAUGCAGAUAUUGUGUGAAAUAAGGAUGUGCAUUUGCUCAAAUAGCUCCUGGAAGGUUUUCUUCUUGCGGACAUAACCAAAACAUUUCAGUCAAUUCAUUACAAAAUCAUUCGGUGCAGUUGCUCUGUAGUCAAGAAAUUGAACCUUUUUAUUGUUAUUAUUUUGCAAAUUAUUUUGGCCGAAUUAUGACCGGUUUUUCUUACAACUUUAAUUUCGUUAAUAGCGAAUAAUAUUGGCGGGAAGUGGAGUUAACUAUAUUUUUGAGAAAACAGAAACGUGUAAAUUUUGAACUUCGUGAAACGUGAAAUUUUGAACAUGUAAAUUUACCCAACUUCGAUUGAAUUAUAAUCGGCUAAAUUCAGUUCAGCAUGGAAAAAAGUUGCAGCUUAUUGUACGGUAUAUUUCCUCAAUGCAGCUUCAUCAACCUCCCAUGAACGUGGUACCCAACUUUAUUUUAAAAAUACUCAUUGAAUCAAUAAACCAAGCUAAUAAAGUAAAACUUUGACAGUAGAUGCAAACAUUGAUCACACACUCCUCGAGUGAAUAUUGUUCUAUUUUAUCACAAAUUCAAAAGAAACUGCUAGUACAUUCAAACUGAUGAAAAUAUGACAUUUUGUGAGCUAGCCUAUGAUUUAACAUCUUUGAUAGCGCAAAAUUGAAUCCUAGCUUUCCUCCUCCAAGUGCCAUUGUUGUGCUCUAUGUUAUUUUUUUGUUGCGUAACAGAAUGUGCUACAUCUGUGUCCAUGCUGCACAUAUCGUAAGAUCUUCAUUCUCGAAUGUAAUAUGAAUAUUUGGUGACGUAACCAAUGUUACUCGUUUCGCUUGUUGUACACAAUUAUUACAGAACAGACGUCGCUAUCUAUCGAUGUAGAAAUUCGGACUGAUGAUUUCCAUAAUGUUACCACGCCCCACGAUUUAUAAUGAACACAAUUCAUGAAAAUUUGAUUUAAUUGUUAUUAUAAUCAUCGGUUUUGUGGAGGCAAUGAUAGACGCAACAGUUGAUUCAGUUUUGUUUUAUGCAAGGAUAAAAUUAAGUACACUUAUGAACGGACCUGAUAUUCGAUCAUGUAUAUGCUUUCUUCUAUGUUACUCCGCCUCUUUUUCCUCAUAAUACUUAGAAAUUUGUAAACCGACAUUUGUUUUGAGUUCAUUUCUAUUUUGUCUACUUACAUUUUGCUAUUCCAUUAUGAAUACACUCGUAAGGCAGCAAAGGUGAAUAUUUACUUACGAUAUAUUAUUCAAGAUAAUGUACGUUUCAUCAUUCAUUUGGUGUGCUGGACAGGAUUUAGUUAGUUUUGUACAGGUUAAAAUAAGGUUCAUGCUAUGUAGAUCCCACAAAGACAUGUGAAUAUGUAUGUAAAAAAGAAAUCAUAGUGAAAUAUAAUAUCGACGUAGCUACA